GCUUUUUUAUUGCGGUUCGGUUGUUCACCAUACAGCCAAAUUAAGAUUGUGUUUGUUUAUUAUUGUGAGAGAUGGUGAAGUUCUGGUGGGUGUUUAUAUUAUUUGCGAAAAUUGCGUCGGCGAGUGAUAACGAACUUCCUUCGGCUGAAGCACAAAAAGAGUCACGGUUCCUUCCUCUGUUCGAAGUAAAACGGUACGACAGUCGUCCAGCCGCGUCAGGACUUGGGCCAGGCGGUCUGCCGCCAUUGACGACGGUGCCUAUUGCCGGAGAACGGUGCUCUUCACGACUAGAAUCAGCCUUGGACCAGAUGAAACGACGGAAAAGGACACAACCCAAGAAUCUGGAUACGCCUUUGAGUCAAAGCAUUGACCUCAAUGGCUAUAGUUUGUAUCAGCAAAUGAGAACGGCGCCCGUCGAUAUGUAUGUCACGAGAAUGCGAGUCAGACUCCCGCAAAAUAGCAACUGGGUACGCGUGGAGAAAUGCUACUUCGACCCCAGGAAUGUCUCUUUGGACACUAUGCUGCUUUUCCAUGACAUUACUAUAAGUGGCAACGUUGAUUUGUACGACGCAAAUGAUCUCGAUAGAGCACUACCACCAAACCAAAGGUUGCGGAGACACUACGCCAACUCGAGAUCGAUUGACGGGCAGUUUGUAGACGACUAUCCUAGACACCGCGGGAACAACGGCUGCAAUAUGAUCCUCCGAUUGCGAAAAGCCGGAAUUGGUUUUCAUACGAGGCCACUGAACCAACAACCCGGAAAGUUCAACGUCAAGACAGACUCAGAAUUUGUUGAACCUGGUUUUAUCAGCGUUUACGCGUAUGGAUGCGAGAAGUACAUUAACAGGAACUCAGUCAGAAAUAAGGAUAACCUGCCAUUGAAGCGUCGGAAGAGAUCGGACGAGUUUUCGUUUGAUCCACAUUUCCGACAGAUCUUUAACGAAGGUGUAGACAGCAGAGCUGCUGACAACAACUGGGAUGUUGUCUACGAACCGCGAAGCAGGACGAACUACGAACGGAGCAAACUGUUUAGACCAGAUGAUGAAUUGGACGAAGCCGAAGAUAUUUCUAGGGAAAUGGAAGACAUAUUUACGAAAGGUAUACGCACUCUUUUGACGACCUACAUGAAGAAAGAAUUACAGCCAGCUAUCAAGGAUACAUUGAUGAGGAAUAUGGGCUAUGUGAUAUCCUAUGGAUAAAAUCUUAAGAAAAAAAACUUCGAAUUAGUUCAAUAAAAAUUGAAAAUUACAGUAUAGAUUGCGA